CUUUCGUGAUAUACUACGAAAACAUACGGCACGGCACAUACUAUUGAAUGUUCCUAACAACGCUUUGCGCACAAAACAUAGCAUCGGAGAGCGCAGACAUUGACUUGCGGGCAAAUCGCUAGGCCCAGACCGAACAACCAGCGCGCUCGGCGGGUCAUGACCAGACGCAUGCGCACAUGGUAGAAGGGAGAUCACGCCGCCAAACUCGCGGCAAACAACCCCGGUCAUAUGGCUUUGACCAAUUCAGUUUCCUAGACGAAGGCGAGGAUGGCGAGCCUAUCGAAGCUUCAGACGUAGAAGACAAUGCGCCAAAGAAGAGAAGGAAGAGGAAAGACGAUGAGUUCGUUCCUGUCGAGGAUGACGAGGACGAAGCGGACGAGUCUCUAGGAGAAGACAUAGGCGACGAGGAGGACGACGGUGCCGAACCGAUCGAGGAAGAGCUACCGCGUGGCGAGUCCGUCAUCGAUGUCAACUCCGACAGAGAACUCGACACCCAUAGUCCCGGGCCCGGACGAGGAAGCAAAGGAGCCAAAGCAAAACCCGCUGGACGCGGCGGCGGUCCCAGUUAUAAACCCGGCAGCCGUUAUUUAAUAGGCGCCAGUGCGGAGAAGCAUGCAAGAGGGGCCGCAGACUGGGGGACAGGAGGGCAGGAGAUGCGGCUGAAGGAUCUGUUUGGACCCACCCACGACGACCUAAAGCCGGUCUUGUUGACGAGGGAUAAGUGGAAGCUUCAGGAGACGUUUCCGAGCCGGUCGCAGGGCGGUCCGCAAAGGUCGUUCUUUGUUCCGGAAGAGGGACCGGAGAAGGAAACCAAAGCGACGAGGAAGUGGUAUCAAGAGGAUGGACGCGCAGCCUUCGCUGCAGGGCAAAAGAGUAGGGAGCUGAGAGAAGAGGAGGCUCAAACGUACAUGGCGAACCUGGGACCGGACUCAACCAAUCUCCUCAUGGGCAAUGUCAAGAAGCCGCUGCUCUACACUUUGAGGAAGGGUGAAUACAUGAGCGUGGCGAAGCCAUUCAGUCCCGAAACAAGCAGGAAAGGCUGGGUUUUCAACCUCGGGUCCAAGAUCCAAGAGGCGCAAUGGGUGGAAAGCGGUACCCAAUACCUCGCCGUCGCCGUCGAGCAAAAGCAGACAACCGGCCGCCAUCACAAGCCGCUAGAGAACCCGAAGGCUCCGGCUUUCUCGCCUACGAAGGGCUUCGCGGCGUCGAUACAGAUCUGGGCUUUUGACUCCCUUGCGAAUGGCGAUAUGGAUACGACGAAGGAACCUAGGCUCGAGCAAGUGAUUUGCACAGAUUGGGGCUUGCCAAGGCAGUUCAGAUGGUGGCCAAUCGGCGCAGCAGAUUCGAUGGAGCCCUCGAACAACGGCAGCAGGAUCCGUCUCGGACUGCUUGCGGGUAUUUGGACGGAUGGCAAAGUAAGGAUUCUAGAUGUCUCCCACCGCAAGCCUGAACAGGAUCCGAUGGAGACACAGUAUAUGCAUUACUCCAAGUCCGCAUUCGAAGUUUCCUUUGCGGACACGAUCCCAGCGUGUCUGCACUGGCUAUCAGCGACCACGCUCGCAGUCGGUACAGCGUCAGGCAACCUCGCAGUCUGGACUCUAACGCGACCGGAAACUUUCCCACCUGCAAAUGCAGGGGACGUCGACAGCUUCAUCCCGCAACCCUGGUUCUAUAAACAAGUAGCAGACACCUACAUCCUGAGCCUCACCUCCGGCUACCCCUCCCGCCCACACUACCUCUCCAUAACGACGGCCGACGGCUUCGCCCGGCUCUUCGAUCUGCGCUCCCCCGUCGCCGACGCCUGCUCCUCGGUGCGUAGUCGCAUACUCGUCCUCACCCAAGCAUGGCACGAGCAAACGCAAUCCUUCGUCAUGCCCGACGAGUACUACAUGCUGAAGCAUAACACCAUCCGACGCUACUAUGCGAAUAUAUACAGUAUGCGAAUCAACAGCUCAGUAACGUGCUGCGCGACAAGCCUGGUCCAGCCUUGCGUGCUGCUGGGUGGUACGGAUGGUACGGUGCUGGGGAGUAAUCCGGUCGCGAAGGUGCUGAAUAGUAAGAAGCUUCCUUGGCAACAGCCUUGGUUCAAGCAUGAAUGGAGGCCGCCAGUCGAAGAGUUGACGCUGAGGGUGAAGGGCCAGAAUGGGGCGCAGGGUAGUGGGACGAAUAGCCAAUCUCCUCCUACUGAUACCGCCCCUAGCGAUGAAAACGCUGCUCCUCACGCUCAACACGGUGGCGCAACUCCUGCAGCACCUCCAAGUAGCGCAUCCCCUGUGGUCGCGACAACCUCCAAUGUCCCGCCACAAAUCCUCUCCCAACCCUUAAUCCGCAUUACGGAAGGGUACCGCGCUCAACAACCCGGCAUACACUACCCAGACGCAUUCCAGCGCUACAAAGACGGGGCCAAAUAUAUCACCAUCUAUGAGGAGAAGUCUGCCAUUACGAAGCUUGCCUGGAAUCCAAGUCUGAAGUGCGGGACGUGGGCGGCCGCGGGGAUGGCGAGUGGACUGUUGAGGGUGGAGGAUUUAGGCAUCUAAGCGAGGAACAGAAAGGAAAGGGCUUAGCGAUGGGGGUAGGAUGUAUAAUGGUGUAAGUUGCGAGGUCUGAGCGAACUAGCAGAUAAUAAGUGAUCGUUACCGCCUAGAGAGUCACAGUGACGGAGCCCAUCACAUGACAUUGCAAACCGACAUGUACUAGCUAAGCAACGUC